GCCGGUUGAAAGACAUGAUUAGCACUGUGAGGACUACUCGAGAGCAACCAAGUUGGAUCGUAGACACCAUCUGGGAUGUUAUGGUCGCUUACUGGGACACUGAAGAAGCACAACAAAGGAGUCAAACCUACUCCUCUGCACGUAUGUCUGACCGUAAGGGUCUUGGUCCUCACGUCCACUUCUCAGGGCCUAAGUCGUUUCAACAAAUCCAAUAUGAAAUGGAACAGAAAAUGGGUAGACCUGUGAGUCUUGGUGAACUUUUCGUCAAGACUCAUACAAAGCCAGAUGGUUCGUAUGUCGAUCGAAAGGCGGAGAAAGUUGGUGAAACUUAUGAGAAGAACGUGCAAGAUAAGUUGGCUGAGCUUCAGGCAGAUACUUCAGCUCUUUCAGAUGCCGCUUCACCACCUCGGGAGCUCACAGUAGACGAGAUGACGACCAUCUUUCUUCAGUCUACGGAGAUGGAUUCUCGAGGCAUUCCUUAUGGAGUUGGAAGCCUUAAGGACAGUCUAGUCAAUGGCAAGCUGAAUCACCCAGGCAACUCUACAUCGUUUUUGGCAUUGGAGGAGCAACUGAAAGAAGCUCAACGCAAGAUCGAGGAGCAAGUUGCUUACAAUGCUAAGCGUGAUGCAGAAGUGGUUGCCCGUGAAUCUGAGCAAGCCCGAGUUGUGGCUGAGCAUUCCCGAGCUAUGGCUGAGCAAAAGGGCCAGAUUGAACACUUGACCAUGGUAGCAGAAUAUCUACGAGAAAAUGAUCCGCGGUUCUUGGAUUUUAUGGCUUCCAAAUCAGCUGCAGUAGCACAGCCUUCCUCAACCAGUGUUCACCAACCAGCUCAACCUACUACUCCAUCUCCACCUUAGGUUACUCUCUCUAAUUCUCAGCUAUCUUCCCUCUUGAACUCAUUUUCA